AUGGGUCCCUGGGAUUCGAAAAUAUGGAUUGGAGUACUGGUUAUUGCUGUUCUGACGAUUGAUUUCAACUUUGAAGGCAGGAUUGGAUCAUUUUUUGAUUUUAGAUUCCGCACUUCACAUUUCACCAAAUCCAGUCCAUUUAUUGUAAAAGAUGAGGAAAAUAUUCAAAAAUCAACAUCAGAAGACACGAGACCAGUGGCCAUUGUCACCGGCAGUUAUGAUAAUGCUCACACUGGUCAUAUGACUCAUAUCAGAGAGAUGUUCGAGCAUACCGGAUAUCGAAUUGUGACUAAAAAUGAAUUGAGUCUCGACACGAAAUGGGAUGUGAUGUGGCAUCAUGAGUAUAGUUUCACUCAGGAGCCGUUCAAGACACUGAUAAAAAAUGCUUCUCCUAAUCAGAUAGUAAAUCAUGUUCCCGGAUCUGGGUAUUAUACGAGUAAAGUCCAACUGGCUACCUCGAAUCUUGCUAUUGGAGUUCCGAAAGCUUUCCAGCUACCACAAGAAAAAGAGCAACUUCUGGAGUAUGCAGAGAAGAAUCCAGAUGUUUUAUGGGUUCAGAAGGAUAAUACUCAUAGAAAUAUCAAAAUCCGAACAAUCGGCGGCAUGGAUCUAGGCAAGAACAACUCAUUCGUGCAGAAAUUUGUAGAUAACCCGCUUCUUAUUGAUAACCGAAAAUUCGACAUUGGAAUCUAUACAGUAGUCACUUCGCUUCUCCCUCUUCGUGUUUAUAUUUAUGACGGUGACGUCCUGAUUAGAUUUUGCCCGGAAGAUUAUCACCCAUUCGAUAUAGAGAAUGUGGAUAAAUAUGUGGUUGGCGAUGACUACACUCCGAUUUGGGAGAUUAAAUCAUUGGAGAAAUACUUCAACACGCAGAUGAUGAGCUUCAGAAGUACUAUUGAUUCGUUUGUUGGAGUGCAGGGGAAGGAUCCGAGUGUUAUUUGGCAGCAGAUCAGGAAUAUUAUCGGAGAAGUUUUCCGAACGCAGCAGACAAAAAUGUUGCUGAAUUUGGAAAGUUUGAAGUUGAAACCGAAAUAUUUCGAGUUGAGUCGAUUUGAUUUCGUGGUGGAUGAGGAAUUGAAAGUUUUCUUGAUGGAAGCUAAUAUGUCGCCAAAUCUCUCUUCCGGACAUUUCAAACAGAACCAAAUUUUAUACGAGAAAGUUCUAAUGAAUAUUUUCUCAUUGAUUGGAAUUUCAAAGCAAUUUACAACUGAAGCCGAGAAUCAGUUUAGUUCCCGCAUACCCGAUCAAAAUCCUCUUGUCAACUCGCGUGAUGUCAAUCUUCCCCUGAAAUUCUGUGUGGAAAACAAAUGUGAAUCAUGUGACGAGGCACCGGAAUGUCAGCUUUGCGGCCACUGUAUGAGCAAGGAAACGAGAAAAAUAUUAGAGCAUACUUACAUAGAACAUACGAAUCGCCGACAGAUGAGACGGAUAGAAUUCGAUUAUGAAAAUCAUCAACCGCUGACGAAAGAAGACCAUCUGCUAGCACUUUGGUUGCGGACAAAGUGCCAGCUGGAUCAUACUUGGUGUUAA